AUGAAGAGACUUGGAGUUGAUCCACCAUGUGGAGUCCUCGACCCAAAGGAAGCUGUUCUUCUGGCCGUUUCCUGCGAUGCCUUCGCCUUCGGACAAGAAGACACAAACAACGACCGUAUUACUGUUGAGUGGACCAACACCCCUGAUGGCGCUGCCAAGCAGUUCCGUCGGGAAUGGUUCCAAGGAGACGGUAUGGUUCGUCGCAAGAACCUCCCAAUUGAGUACAACCCAUAG